GAGUGUUCAUUCAAUUUAGCAUUAAAUAGAUAGAGUGCUUUAGUCAUGUGUUUUUGGUGGGGACAAAGUGAAUGCCUAGAUUCCCCUUUUUCAAUUAUAAACUUAACUGUGAAAAUGUAUCAACAUUCUUAAACUAAAAGGGCAGGACUAUUAAAAAUAUAUUGUAAUGAGAAAGGGAAUAGAGUUUCUUUGUUGGCACCCUUAUAUAGGUUUAGCUGCAUCAGUUGGUGACCAACUAAACUCCUCGUUAACACCCUCAUUAUCAACUGGGAGGGACCUUGAUGGCCAUGUAUCACACACCCUAUCAACUGCUGCGAGCAACUUUGUUCCAGGAGCUAAUGUUUUUGGCCAUGGUAACGGGACAGCAAGUGGGGGAUCGCCUGCAGCCCGUGUUGCAGCUUAUAAAGUAUGCUGGCCCGAAGUUGGAGACGGUGCAUGCAUGGAUGCAGACAUCCUUGCUGCCUUUGAUGCUGCAAUUAGUAAUGGUGUUGAUGUGCUCUCACUGUCAAUCGGUGGGCCGCCGGCUGAGUAUUUUGAGGAUGGAAUUGCAAUUGGGUCCUUCCAUGCUGUCAAGAAUGGCAUUACUGUGGUUGCUUCUGCUGGUAAUUCUGGGCCAACACCAGGGACUGUGUCCAAUGUGGCAUCCUGGAUAUUUACAAUUGGGGCUAGCACAGUUGACAGAGCGUUCACAAGUUAUAGCACGCUUGGGAACAAGAAGAAGAUCAAGGGAAUGAGUCUUUCUGCAACAAUUCUACCGCGUAGGAAAUACUAUCCACUGAUCACUGGUGCAAGCACUAAAUUAGAUGACGUCUCAGAAGUAGAUGCCAACCUGUGUGAGCUAGAUUCACUUGAUCCUAGAAAGGCUAAGGGGAAGAUUGUGGUGUGUCUUCAAGGGGGAGGUGGAACAACAGAGAAAGGGGUAGCGGCCUUACAAGCCGGAGCUGUUGGCAUGAUUCUAACAAAUGACAAGGAAAGUGGGAAUGAAGCUUUUCCAUUUGCUCACAUGCUCCCAGCUGCUGAUGUCAAUUUCAUUGAUGGUCAAACUAUCUAUGCCUACAUCAACGCUACUAGGAAACCUACAGCAAACAUCACUCCUGUAAAGACUGUAUUGGGUAUAAAACCGGCUCCAUCUAUGGCUGCAUUCUCCUCCAGGGGACCUAGUUUCAUAGAUCCAGAAAUUCUCAAGCCUGAUAUCAGUGCACCUGGGGUGGGCAUCAUUGCAGCUUUCAGUUUAGCAAGUUCACCAACUGGAUCAAAGUUUGAUAAACGCCGGAUUCCAUUCAACUUACUAUUCGGUACUUCCAUGGCUUGCCCUCAUGUCUCCGGUGUUGUUGGACUUCUCAAGACACUCUACCCUCUUUGGAGUCCUGCAGCUAUUAAAUCUGCAAUAAUGACUACGGCAAGAACACUCGAUAAUGAAGAGCAGCCGAUGAAAGAUUCUUCAACCAACGAUACAGCAACUCCAUUUGCGUAUGGGGCAGGAGAGGUGACACCAAACCAAGCAAUGGAUCCUGGCCUCGUUUAUGACUUGACGAUUGAUGAUUACUUGAACUACCUCUGUGGUCGGGGAUACAACACAAGCUUGCUCAAAAGGUUCACAACCAAGCCAUUUGCAUGUCCCAAGUCAUACAGCUUAUCAGACUUCAACUACCCUUCAAUUUCACUUUCUGAAUUGAGCGGUGAGGUGACUGUCACUCGAAGGGCAAAGAAUGUUGGACAUCCAGGAACAUACUUUGCACGUAUCAAGUCACCUACUGGAGUCUCGGUAUCAGUUAAACCGGAGACAUUGACAUUCAAAAAAAUGGGUGAAGAGAAGAAAUUCGUAGUCACAUUCCACCCUAUGAGCCAUGUCAGUGACUAUGACCUAUAAAUAGUUUGAAUCAAAAUGGUUUUCAGACAUGUAAUACAAAAUUUUCAGUUUGCAGGGUCUGUUCAACAAACCUAAGAACAGUCUGAGAGAAUGUAAAUAUGCAAGUUUUCUUUUUCUUCGGCCUCCAAAGAGAAAUCCCGCAGCCUGCUCUUCGUUGCCAUCAAAUAAUCGAAGUGCUUGUAU